AUUGGAAAAAUUUAGUGAGUGUUGGCAAAGACGCGCGUUCUAAGCUUAGUUUACGAAAAACUAGCGAGUAUUUUUACAAGUAAAAAAAAAUCCAAGGCAUAUUUAUACGCAGUGAUAGUAAAGAGGCUGACUGCCUUGGUCUAAGGCCAUCAUGAUCAUGAUGACAGUGAGUAUGCAGUGCUCGUACAACACCUGCUGAUGGCGUAGAGCCAGACUGGCAGAAUCUACACGACGACGAAGCCAAAAAGACGGCCCUUUUUCUUUUUAUCGUGGAAAGUGAAGCGUGAAAUCACAUUAAUGCAGUUUCCAACGACGAAGCUUCGUCCGGGAUGCCUUGAACGAGGCUACCGAACCAUCAUUAGCUUCAAUAUCUUUCAUAACAACAAGUUGUUGAUAAAGACUGUCAAUUCAAGACUGAUCUAUUGAUGCAAGGAACAGUUGCUGUUAUUAUUGCACAUAGACAGCAUCAAUGGGAAACUGCUUUUUAUGUUUUAAGGUGCCUCCUUCACCAACAACUAAUCAGUCGCCUAUUUUGGAGCACAAAGACGAAACAAUGGAAUUACGCACCUUGUUUCCUCAACAUACCAGACAAAAUAAUAUAACUACAGAAUCACACGUUAAUGGGAAUAAAAAAUCAUCUAUAACUACAAUGUCAACUUUUAAUGGCGUGGGUUCCGAUAAUUGUGGUACCAUUCCUAUGGUACAUGGUAAUCUACGUUUAUCUCGAGGGUUUUAUUCUCGGAUACCACCAUUAGGGCGGUCAACAACCAAUCCUGGCGUCAACUUUACCAACGACUCCAAAAAUUUAAAAGAACGUUUUGAAAUCAAACUCAAUGCGUUGUUUGAUCAUUAUAAGGAACCAAAUGAGGACCUUAUAUUAGCAGAUGGAAUAGAACGGAUUUGCCAGGAUCUCCAACUAUCUCCAGAUGACUUUAAAAUUCUGGUAUUUGCAUGGAAAUUGAACGCAGAACAAAUGUGCCAAUUCACACGACAGGAAUGGAUCAAUGGCUUGAAAUCUAUGAAGGUAGAUAGCAUUCGAAGCAUUCAACUUAUGCUACCUGAGAUUGUCCAAGAGCUUUCAACAAACGGCGAGUUAUUUAAGGAUUUGUAUAGAUUUACAUUUCGUUUUGGACUCGAUGUGAGCGCAGGUCAAAGAAUUUUACCUGCGGAAAUGGCUAUUAUUUUAUGGAAACUCGUAUUUACGGUUCGCGAACCGCCACUAUUACAAAGGUGGUUAAAGUUUCUUGAAUGUCAUCAUGUUAGAGGUAUCCCAAGAGACACUUGGAAUAUGUUUCUGAAUUUUGCUGAGAGCAUAGGUGAUGAUUUGGGAGCUUAUGAUGAUGCAGAAGCUUGGCCAAGUUUAUUUGAUGAUUUUGUUGAGUACGAAAAUGAUCAGAUGAAUCAGAACAUUACUAAAGACGAGUUCAUGAAGGCGGCCGACGAUUAAUCACCUUGUGAUUAUUCAGAAAAACCUUCUAUUUUAUUGUGUCGGAAUUUUUACACCAUUUAGUGAAAAAUACGAUGUUAUCUUAUCAAUACCUUUAAUUUUUAAUAUUAUCAUUUUACGCAAAACAAAUCUUUUAAUCAGUAUUAAAUAAUUAAUGUUUGGUUAUUCUGAGUAUAGACUUUACCAGUGAUUGUGUUGCUAAAUAUGUAAAAAUUUAAGACUUUAUUGUUGUGAAGAUUCAAAAUUUACAAUCGAUUAAACAAUUAGAUUUGAUGAUAUCCCAAAAUAUAAUUAUGCUCGUCUUUCAACUCUAAUAGUGUAAAAAUGUCCAAAAGUCAUUCAAACUUAAGUGCAAGUUUCAAAUAAAAUUUUUAUGAAUUUUUAAAUAAGCUUGCGAUCUCUGUUUUUUCUACUUAGAAUUAUUUUUUUAUUAAAUGUGAAGUUACGAAGUUUUUAGCAAUUUGAUAACCGUGAUAUAAUUAUAUUAACAAUUGACUUUUGUUUAUUACAUAAAGCUUUUCAUUAAUGACAAUAUGUCCUUAAAUAGUUAAUUUUGAAAAAUGUAGUACCGAUGCUGAUUUAAUAUAGAGCAUUAUAAAUAACAAAACUUAUAAUAGAAUACUAAGAAAAAAGUUUUAUUGAGAGUAGCGAUUAUGAGUAAAUUUACUUUAAUACAAAAUUUUAUAUAAAGAUUUUGCGCGUAAAAGUAUAUAAACACACAUAUAUAUGUAAAACGUGAAAGUUUUAGUAAAAAAUAUUUAGCUGUGCAAAAUAUUUUUCUUCUAAAAAUAUCUGUUGAUGCCUUAUCAAAGUAUAGAUUUACACAGAAUUUGUAAUUUUGUUGCGAUUUGGCUUUUUUAUAACCUAUAUCUUCUGUCUUUCCUCUGAUGUUUCAAUACUUCCAAUUUUUAAUAAGUAUCCACGUUGUUUUAAUGAAUACAAUCACGGCAUAUAUGUGUGUGUAUAAAUAUUUAUGUAUAAAGAAGUAUAUUGACAAAAGCAGUGCAGAUAUUUAAUUGUACACUACACUGAUCUAAACUUGUGAUACACACAUGCUCGAACUUAUCUAUCAUUCACAUAUUGUCUCUAAGUGUAAGAUAGUUAUGGAAGAAACGAAAGGAAAUUUAGAUCAAACUGUAUAGAGAGUAGUCAGAUAUUUGUGGUAUUUUAUAUAAAAGACUAACGCGAUUAGUUGAUUGAUUCCUGUAAUAUAUUUUAAGAAAGAAUGUAAAUCAUUAUAUUCAAUCACAAAAAUAAUUCACAGAAACGUUUAUUCAAAAAAUAUUAUGUUUCUCGUUUAUAAUGUAUUUGUAUCAUUGGUUAUAAAUCAAUUAUAAUGUAGGCAAUUUAUUUAUAGUAUAUAACAAUAUUAGUAUUUGAAAAUUUUCAUUUUAUGUCAAAUAUCUGCAAGGUAAAAUUUAUCAAUAUAUCAGUUUAAUUCAUAAUGCUUAAACUGGUUUUUGCUCAUAGUAUUACAGCUAACUAAUGAAUUAGUUGAUUUUAACUUUAUUAGUAGGAAUUGGAUUUCACUUUAUUAUGACUAACAAUCAUAUGUACCUAAAAUCAUUCUAUUUCUAACGUAUGUUUAACGUCCGAUAUUUUAAAGCAAGUAAGAAAAAAAAUGUUAUAUACUGCCAGAAAAGGUAACUGGAAAAUUUGAAUUUCUUAAAGCAAGAUUUAGAAAUGUGUAAAACAUACAGUGUCUAGCCAAAAAAAUCUUUUUGAAUAUUUCAGCUCUCAGAUUCAUUUUAAUUUAAUUUUCUAGCUACAAUUUUGAUCUCACAUUUUUAACAGUAAGGGAGUGCUUUCUUUUGUAACAAUAGUAUUUAGAUAUGCAUUUCUUAUCAUUAAAUAACAUCUGUCUAAAUAAAUUAAAUUUUGUAUGGAUUAUAGUAUUGCUUCGAGUGAUGAGAAUUUUUGCCAACAUUACAUAAUAAUAUCAUUUAAUAUCGAAAAAGUAUAGUAUUAUAACUGAACUUUAUUUUAGCUUAACUGAGAAAUUCCGAAUGCGCACGAUUAUUUAACAUUGGGAUCGAUCAAUUUACGUGGUUUACGCUCUGAAGUUUAUAAAUAUCUUUUCGUUUUAUUGAAAUUGUUACGAUGUACACAUUCACAUAUAACUAUGAAUAAGAUGAAAAUGAUGAAGCUUUAGAUUAUAAAAGACUACUGUCGAAAUUUUGUAUAUUAUGGAAAAGUUUUAACUUGUAUAUGCGUAUCAUUUAUCGAAUUUUCGGCUAUGGAAUAAUGAACUAUUUAUUAAUAAAUGAAAAAUCAUGUGAUAACAGAAUAUAACGAUAAAUAUAUUAUGUGUACAUCUGAAUUAAUGACAAAAUAGAUAUUUUCAGUGUUUUAGAAUGUAGCACUGAACAGACGCAAUAUUAACUCAAAUUUUCACCGAGGGAAUUGCCUGAAUUUAUUAAAUAUGCUUUUCGAGCAAUGUACAUAUUCUAAUUGUAUUGAAUACAAUUAGACUUAUUAAUCAAUUUAAUCUGCUUGAGCACGGUGAAAGUUUUUGUAUUCUUUUUUUAUUUGUCCGCUUGUUUUUAAACGUAGUAUUUUUAACAUACGGACAAUAUUAUUCAUUUGAACUUAGUUAUAAGUUUAUAAUAUUAAGAAAUUUAAGUAUGUGCACUGCAAUAUGAAAGAUGUCACAUUAUUUUUAUGCAAUCUUAUAAUGAUAUUAUUUGUUUUAAUUUAUGUCUAGACUAUUAUUAUAUUAGAGUUAUGAAGUACACCAAUGUACAGUACUGUUUAUAAAUUUUAUGACAUGUAAAACCUAUCACUUUCUAGUUCUUGAAAUAACACAACAAAUGUUAUUUUUAAAAUAUUAAAAUUUUCAAUAAUUCCAAAUCAAUUAUAUUAAAUUUUCAUUUCCACAGCAUCAAGCAAUGAAAUUUACAUUUUUGUUAAAUAAUUUCAUGGUAUCUAAUUUUUCACUGCAAUUGAAUUUUUCGCAAAUCUUAAUAUUUUAAUUGAAAAUUUAAUAUCUUAGUUAGGUUUAGCUAAAACUAUAAAAUUGAAGGCGCGAUUUUUGUAAUGUAAAUAUAAAAAUUAUUUAGGGUUCAUAAAAAUUCGUACUGCGGAAAAUUGCCUCUUUAAAAUCAAGAUGAUCUUGUAAGAUCGACAUGUCAGCUAAUUCCUAAAUAGUCGUAAUUGAUUCUUUACAAAAUAUUUGUGGCCUUCAUGAUCACAGAAUAUAAUGCUGAAUGCAAAAAAUGGAUAAGAAAUGUAUCGGCAAAGAGAGCUCUAUUAAUAUAGUAAAUAUAUCAUAAAAAUGUCUUAAAGUUAACAAUUAACGCGUGUAUUUACUGAGCUUGAACAGAUUUUUUGCGUGCAAAAUUCAUUGGGUAGAGAUGAAAGUUACGGAAAAAUGCGAAAUAUUUAAUGGAGCAUCAAUUGAACUUACAUUUACAUGCUAUAAAGGAAAGUGCCAACGAGCUGAGGAAUGUUAAUAUUAAGC